AGAUUUUAUAUACAGCAUUAACCUGAACAUGUUAUACCGUAAAGCUGUACUUUUCGGAAGUCGACCAUUCGCCUUUCUUUUGGUAAACAAGACACCCGCUGAACAUGGCCAAGAAAGAAGUGGAUCACGGGAGGAGAAAACACGGCAGAUUAUAUGCCAGGGGUGUCUUCCAUGGCUACAAACGUGGUCUGCGUAACCAACAUGAGCGUACAUCUCUGUUAAAGAUUGAAGCCUGCAAAAACAUUGGUGAUGCCCAGUUUUAUGUAGGCAAGCGUGUUGCAUAUGUUUACAGGUGUAAGAAGAAGACUCCAACUCCUUAUGCUGGAAAGUCUAAGAUUCGUAUCAUCUGGGGCAAAGUUAUUCGUACUCAUGGUAAUUCUGGAAUGGUUAGGGCAAAGUUCAAGAAGAAUAUGCCCUCUGUUGCAAUGGGAAGACGUGUCAGAGUGAUGCUGUACCCAUCCAGGAUUUAAGAGAAUAAAGAAAAAAAUUAAA